AUGGCAGAGGAGCAGUGGCAUCAGCGACCCCAAAACCCCCAAAACCCAGUUGUGUUCUUUGAUGUGUCAAUUGGCGGCGUGCCGGCGGGACGGGUAAAGAUGGAGCUGUUUGCCGACAUCGUGCCCAAGACGGCAGAGAACUUUAGGCAGCUGUGCACGGGAGAGUUCAAGCGGAACCUGCAGCCCACCGGAUACAAGGACUGCCCCUUCCACAGAAUCAUCAAGGGCUUCAUGCUGCAGGGCGGCGACUUCCUUAAAGGAGAUGGCACCGGCUGCAUAUCCAUCUACGGUUCGCGGUUCAACGACGAAAACUUCAUCGCCAAGCACACAGGGCCCGGCCUGCUCAGCAUGGCCAACAGCGGGCCCAACACCAACGGCUGCCAGUUCUUCAUCACUGUGGGCGCCGCCGACUGGCUGGACAACAAGCACGUGGUGUUUGGGCGGGUGCUGGGCGACAGCAUGCUGCCGGUGCGCAAGCUGGAGGCGGUGCAGACGGGGCCCAACAACCGGCCAAAGCUGCCCUGCGUCAUUUCCCAGUGCGGCGAGCUGUGA